AUGAAGAGCUCCAUUCUACUCCCGCUCAUGGCCGCGAUCGCGAUUGCCGCUCCGGCACCGAAGCCUAAGAACUUCGAGGCCGACCCCGCACUCACUAUUGGAACCCCGAACGACUCGUCAUACGCGACUAAGCGUGAGACGUUUGAGGCUGACCCUUUACUACAAGUUGGGGUUUCGGAUGAGUCGUCAUAUGCCGAGAAGAGGGCCAACUUUGAGGCUGAUCCAUUGCUACAUAUCGGAACUUCGAAGGAGUCCUCGUACGCUGAGAAGAGGGCCAACUUUGAGUCUGACCCCGCGCUCCAGGUUGGGGAUAGCCUUGAAUCUUCAUACGCUCAGUAA